UACUUUGCCAACCACUUCAUCAUGGGCGGCGAGAAGUUCGACUCGACGCACCCUGAGGGCUACCUCUUUGGCGAGAACAGCGACCUCAACUUCCUGGGCAACCGCCCUGUCCCGUUCCCCUACGCUGCUCCGCCUCCUCAGGAACCCGUGAAGACCCUCAGGAGCUUAAUCAACAUCCGCAAGGACACCCUGCGCCUUGUUAAGUGCUCGGAGGAGGUGAAGAUGCCAGGGGAGGAGGUGAGCAAGGCGAAGGUGCACUACAACGUGGAGUUCACCUUCGACACGGAUGCCCGUGUUGCCAUAACCAUCUACUACCAGGCGAGUGAGGAGUUCCAGAACGGGGUGGCGAGCUACAUCCCGAAGGACAACAGCCUGCAGUCGGAGACGGCGCACUACAAGCGGGGGGUGUGCCAGCAGUUCUGCAUGCCCUCGCACACCGUGGACCCCUCGGAGUGGCCGGAGGAGGAGCUGGGCUUCGACCUGGAGCGGGAGGUGUACCCCAUGGUGGUGCACGCCGUGGUGGAUGAAGGGGAUGAGCACAUGGGUCACUGUCACGUGCUGCUGGCCACUUUCGAGAAGCACGCCGACGGCACCUUCUGUGUGAAGCCCCUCAAGCAGAAGCAAGUGGUGGAUGGCGUGAGCUACCUCCUCCAGGAGAUCUACGGCAUAGAGAACAAGUACAACACGCAGGACUGCAAGGUGGCCGAGGACGAGGUGAGCGACAACAGCGCCGAGUGCGUCGUGUGCCUCUCGGACGUGCGUGACACCCUCAUCCUGCCCUGCCGCCACCUCUGCCUGUGCAACACGUGCGCCGACACGCUGCGCUACCAGGCCAACAACUGCCCCAUCUGCCGCCUGCCUUUCCGCGCCUUGCUGCAGAUCCGAGCCAUGAGGAAAAAGCUGGGCCCGCUGUCCCCCACCAGCUUCAACCCCAUCGUUGCCUCGCAGGCCUCCGACUCAGAGGAGCACUCGGUCAGUGCUGCGGUGGCUUCAUGUGGCACCUGGGGACACCACGGGCAGCAAAGACCCCGUCGGACGUGGCGUGGGGCUCCCGUGGGUGCAGGGCGGAUUGGGGUGGUUUUCCAGGCGCCGCUGGGAGCAGGUCCUGUGACGUCGCUGGUGCCCCCUGGCAGCCAGUGAAGCCCGGUGCUCUGUCCCCUGGCCAGGUCCAUCUCACAGAGCUCCUCCAUCCUGCCCGAAGAGGGUGACGAGAAGUCCUACAGCGAGUCGGAGGUCCGGAUUGUCCCAAGGAAGUCGCCCGCUCGGCACGAGGAGGAAUGUGGCGUGACGCCAGAGAGCGAGAACCUCACCCUGUCCUCGUCGGGAGCCAUUGACCAGUCCUCAUGCACCGGCACCCCACUCUCCUCCACCAUCUCAUCCCCAGAAGACCCAGUGAGCAGCAGUCUGGCCCAGUCCGUCAUGUCCAUGGCCUCCUCGCAGAGCCAGCACUCGCAGAUCAGCACUGACACCAUCUCCUCCAUGUCGGGCUCCUACAUUGCUCCUGGCACAGAGGAGGAGGGUGACAUGCUCCCGUCGCCAGCGGCGGCCAGCGCCGUGACCUCCGAAGGAGAGUCGACUCCUGUGGAAUCCCCGGAUCUCAACUUCGUCAGCAUCUCUGCCGAGGAGCGUGAUGCCGAGGGCAACGACGUGCUGGAGGACGAGGACACCUCUCCCACACAGGAAGACGGCCCGAGGACAGGCGCUUUCCUCGGUCUGCGGUGUGACAAUAACAAUGAUGUGGCCAUCGCGCACGUGAAAGCGCUGGACAAUAAACUGUGCUCUGAGGCCUGCUUACCUGGUGAGUGGCCACCUGCCGAACAUGAACUCGGGCUGGGGGCCGCCGGGUCGGACUCCUGCCCCAUCGACAUUGACGACUAG